AGCUAGAGAUCCUAAAAGAUAUUAAAGACGCCUAUGUUUGUGCCUCAGAACAUAUUGUGGUGAGAAUACACAUUCUUGAUCAAAUAUCCCAUGAUUUCAUUUGAAAACCUAAUUCUAACCCAAUUUUGAACAUUUCCUUUGACAUAUCUAACCCCAGAACCAAGCCAAUUAUUCAGAGCAAAGAAUUAAGGAAGAGUUUGCCAAGCUCCAUCAGUUUCUUUGGGAUGAGGAAGCGUCCAGGAUAGCCACCCUGAAGGAGGAAGAGGAGCAGAAGAGUCAGGCGAUGAAGGACCAGAUUGACCAGAUGAGUAAAGAGAUUUUGUCUCUAUCAAACACAAUCAGGGCCAAAGAAGAGGAGAUGAGAGCAGAGGAUGACGUACCCUUACAGGUCAGGAUGUAUACAUGCGGAAAAAUACAAAAACAUAAACAUUCUUCACAAAUGCCAAUUCUUACCCAGUUUUUUUCCUCGUUUGUUACAUGUACAGAACAUGGUUGCUGCAGUAGGAAGGUGAGUGACUCGUGUCUAUGUUGUGUCGCUGUAAUCCAAACCUACAGGUGCACUGACUUCUGAUUGACUUCACAGGGCUCAGUGUCCAUGGCAGCAUCCAGAGGGCAUCAGCUCCGGCGGGCUGGUCAACGUGGCAAAGCACGUGGGCAACCUGGGGUUCCGAAUCUGGGAGAAGAUGAAGGACAUGGUUCAGUGCACUCCUGUGUUGCUGGACCCCAACACUGCAGACUCUCGUCUCUGCAUCGCCGCGGAUCUGACCAGUGUGAAAAUCAGGGAUGAGGCCGUCCAGCUGCCUGAUAACCCAGAGAGGUACGACAUGUUUGCCUGCGUCCUGGGCUCACAAGGCUUUGCUUCGGGGACUCCCAGCUGGGUGGUGGAGGUGGAGGAGAACACGAGCUGGGAGGUGGGGGUGAGCUCGGAGGCCAGCCAGAGCACAAAGGGGAGGCUAUCUGGGCAGGUGUCUGGAGCAUAGAGUUUUGGGACGAGGAGUAAUACAGCCGGUCGCCGGGGCAACCAGAGAAGACGCGUCUCCAGGUGAACGAGAAGCUCCGGAGGAUCAGGGUGAGGCUGGACUGGGACGGAGGCGAGAUGUCUUUCUCAGAUGCUGUCAGCGGCGCACAUCUACUGACUUUCACACACACCUUCACAGAGGAAGUCUUCCCGUUCUUCUACAAUGGCUGUGACAUUUACCCUCUGAGUGUCCUUCCAGGGAGGCAUUCUCUAUAAGUGGAAGACUGAAGUGCAAGGACAGCAAUGAACUUUCAAUGGCAAGUGUCUGUGAUGAUGUCUUAAGUUGUAGUGACUCCAAAUACAUAUUACUUCAAAGAAACUCUGGAGAUAUUUGUUUUAGUUUAAUUUUUCAUUUUCUGAAAAAAAAACUGGUUUAUUUUAUAGGAUUUAGUCA